GCCAUUGGCUGGAAAACAAUAAUCUUGCCCAGUAUGCUGACAAAUUCAGAGACUGGAGAGACCAUUGACAUAGCAGGACUUGGUGAGGGUGCAGAACGCCAGGGAAGCCUCCAUCCAACGAACCAGUCUCUCAACCGAAAGAAGACCCAAAAUCAGACUGGAGAGACCAUUGACAUAGCAGGACUUGGUGAGGAUGCAGCAAGCCAGGGAAGCCACCGGAUGAAGAUGAAGGCCGAGUGCAAAAAACGUCACCCAAAUGUGUCCUUCCUCACAGACAAGAUGGCACGAACAAGGGCGGACAGGAACAUUUUUUUAAAGAGCCACUCCACCAUGGAAGCCCUGGAGGAGUAUCCUGCCCUACGGUUUCCCAUCAUACUCCUUGCAGAAUCACAAAGUCAGCUUGAUGUUGAUGUCGACCGCAGCAUCAUGUCUGGGAUCGGACAGAUAGCGAGCAGGGUCAUUGAACAAUGCCAGCGACGGGCCAUAGGACUAGAACUCUUUGAAAUGUACGAAGAAGCCAAGGCUGAAUGUGCGGAGGAGUCACACAGAGGAACUCUGGUGACGAGAGAUCCCAGCAACAGCAGCCACGGCGACAGCCACCAUCAGCCACCAGCCAACAGCCAUCGCGGCCCCGUCUCCGAGAUGUAG